UUCUCCGAGUCUUCGUUCUUUCCACUAAUGGAGGAAGGUCAAGAGGACGAAACCCUAGAAAGGGCUUCUCUUGAAACGGCAGAGAAGAAAGAGGAGGGGGAAGAGGAGCUUCGAUCUCUCCUUCUGCCCGACAUGAAGGAUGUCCCUCCUACUCCUCCUUCCGCUGUCGAAUCCAACUUCGUCCGAUAUUUCGCCGCAGAUUUUAUGAAGCCUGGACAUGAUCAGUUUGUCUACCGCCAUGCCAAUGGGUUAUGUGUAAUUGGUUUGGCUCCGACUCAUGUUGCCCUGAGGGAGAAGGGUGGAGUCACAGCUGUGGAUUACAACGUGGGAAAAUCGGACCGCAGUGAGAUGAAGGUCACCGGAAAGCGAAAAAGGAAUGCACAGCAUUUUGAAUCCAAUUCAGCUCUAUGUAAAGUUUGUGCAAAUGAUACAUUCUACAUUGGGAGGUGUUGUGUGAAAGGUUCCCUUUUGGAGGUCAAUGAUAGGCUAAUCAAGCAACCUGACCUGCUUAACUCAUCGGCUGAUAGAGAAGGAUACAUUGCAAUUAUCAUGCCAAAACCAGCAGACUGGCUUAAGAUCAAGGAUUCAUUGUUGAGCCAUGAAGACUACAGGAAGUUGAGAAGUCUUUGACUCUUUGCUGAUACAAUGAAAGUGCAGGACUCCGGUCAGAAAUGGAGGGAAGAGUUGGUGGAUGGAGACAAUUGGAUUUAAGCAAGUUCUUGCAGUGGUUUAGAUUUUGUUCAUCAUCCACUACACUGGACUAUAGGCCAUGUCAACACUAAAGCUCAAGGGAUCACCUGCACCAAGUUACAGUAACACCAUCCUCAGUCACUGGUUGAUUGAGGCAUCAUUUGCCUCUAAAGAUUCUGAUCAACUUGCAUCCAUAUGAAGGACCUGUCCAAAGAGGACGGUUACAAUUCAUUAGUUGUUGCUCCCCUCAUUUAUCUAUUGUUCCAAAUUCACCCCUUCUGGGGUCUGUCUAUGUAGACAUUUUGUUUAUUUAUGGGCUAAAAUUCAUGUA